UUUUCUCAUAUUUCAGAUCUCGCCUGCAAAAUCUCUCCCACACGCAGAGAGGGUAGACUGAGCUGCUGCAAUGGCGCCCAAGCAAAAGACCCGCAAUCCGGAGCUCAUUCCCGGUGUCCGCAAGGUCUCCCGCUCUAAGAUGUACCACAAACGCGGCCUAUGGGCUAUCAAGGCCAAAAAUGGGGGCAAAUUCCCCGUCCACGCCAAGCAGGAGGCCGCCGCCGUCGUCGAGGAGAAGCAGCCUAAGUUUUACCCAGCUGAUGACAUCAAGAAGCCGCUUUCUAACAAGCGCAAGCCUAAGCCAACCAAGCUCAGGGCGAGUGUUACGCCCGGAACAGUGUUGAUUAUUUUGACCGGGAGGUUUAAGGGGAAGAGAGUUGUGUUCUUGAAGCAGCUCACUUCUGGAUUGCUUCUUAUCACUGGUCCCUACAAGGUUAAUGGGGUUCCCCUAAGACGUGUCAACCAGGCCUACGUCAUUGGAACCUCCACCAAGGUCGACAUUUCUGGUGUGGAUGUGUCCAAAUUUGAUGACAAGUACUUUGGCAAACAAGUCGAGAAGAAGAAAAAGAAGGGAGAAACUGAGUUCUUUGAGGCCGAUAAACAGGAAAAGAACACACUCCCCGCUGAGAAGAAGGAUGAUCAGAAGGCCGUUGACGCCCCGUUGUUAAAGGCUUUGGAAUCCGUCCCAGAUUUGAAGGCUUAUUUGGGAGCAAGGUUCUCGUUGAAGGCUGGCAUGAAACCACAUGAGUUAGUGUUUUAGAGGACUUUUGAAACUUGGUCACUAUUUUGUUUCUUUUUAACUACUUUGUGUCACUUGAACCUAAAGAUAUUAGGUGUUGUAUUGAGAACCAAUAUUUCUCUCUGGUAUAAACGUUAUGAAAGUUUUGGUUUUAUGUAAUUUACUUUGAUGA